GGCGGCUCCGCAGCCGGCGCCAUGGACGAGGCCUACGACGUGAUCGUGCUGGGCACCGGCCUGACCGAAUGUAUCCUUUCAGGCAUCAUGUCUGUGAAUGGCAAGAAGGUCUUGCACAUGGACCGGAAUCCAUACUAUGGGGGUGAGAGCUCAUCAAUUACCCCCCUGGAAGAGCUCUACAAGCGUUUUGAGAUUGCUGAGGGACCCCCAGAAUCCAUGGGACGUGGCCGGGACUGGAAUGUGGACCUUAUUCCCAAAUUCCUCAUGGCCAAUGGCCAGCUGGUGAAGAUGCUGCUGUAUACAGAGGUGACGCGCUAUCUGGACUUCAAAGUGGUGGAGGGCAGCUUUGUCUACAAGGCAGGAAAGAUCUACAAGGUGCCGUCAACAGAGACAGAGGCGCUAGCAUCCAAUCUCAUGGGCAUGUUUGAGAAGCGGCGUUUCCGCAAGUUCCUGGUGUUUGUGGCAAACUUUGAUGAGAAUGACUCGAAGACAUUGGAAGGGGUAGAUCCUCAGGGCACCACCAUGCGCGAGGUCUAUCGACGCUUCGACCUGGGCCAGGAUGUCAUUGACUUCACGGGACACGCGCUGGCGCUCUACCGCACCGAUGAUUACUUGGACCAGCCCUGCUUGGAGACCAUCAAUCGCAUCAAACUGUACAGUGAAUCUCUGGCUCGUUAUGGGAAGAGCCCCUACCUCUACCCACUUUAUGGUCUGGGUGAGCUCCCCCAGGGCUUUGCCAGGCUCAGCGCGAUCUACGGUGGUACCUACAUGCUCAACAAGCCAGUGGAUGAGAUUGUCAUGGAAGGUGGCAAGGUGAUUGGGGUCAAGUCGGAAGGAGAGGUGGCACGCUGCAAACAGUUGAUCUGUGACCCCAGCUACGUGCCAGACCGCGUGCGCCCGGCAGGGAAGGUUGUGCGUGUCAUCUGUAUUCUGAGCCACCCUAUCCGUGGCACCAGCGACGCCAACUCCUGUCAAAUCAUCAUCCCCCAGAACCAAGUAGGGCGUAAAUCAGAUAUCUAUGUCUGCCUCAUCUCCUCCGCCCACAACGUAGCUGCCCAGGGCAAGUACAUUGCUAUUGCUAGCACUACUGUGGAGACAGACUCUCCUGAGAACGAAGUGCAGCCGGCCCUUGAACUGCUUGAACCCGUCGACCAAAAGUUUGUGGCCAUCAGUGACAUAUAUGAACCCACUGAUGAUGGAACGGAUAGCCAGAUAUUCUGCUCACGAUCAUAUGAUGCCACCACCCACUUUGAGACAACAUGUGACGACAUCAAAGACAUUUACCGGCGCAUGGCAGGGGCUCCUUUUGACUUCGAGAGCAUGAAACGGCGCCAGAACGACGUCUUUGGCGAGGACGAGCAGUGACCACGCCCCUCCCCUUCCCCUCCCCGGUUUUUCCCCAUGCAAGGGACCAUUUUCCCACUAGGGACUGGCUUCACCCCGCACCUCACCUGAGACUGGCUCUUCCUCCAAAUCCUCAUUCGGCUAUGCCAGACAUCUCCUGCCUGGGACCAGUCCCCUUAAACCACAAGGAGAAAACACAUUUCUAGCUUAAUUUUCCUUUCUCCUAUCCAUCCCCCUCCCAGCUCCUUCUGCCUACAAAAACCAGACCCCGCCCCCUGCCCCACAAUUGAGGUUGGUUCAAAGUUGGUGCAACUUAAAUCCUUUGGGGAUCCAUCUUUUCAAUUCCUUCCAGUGCCUGUAGGGAUUUGGGGCCGAACCAUGUAUUAUAUACAAUUGCAUGCAUUUAAGCACUGCCCCCUUCUAGGGAAACCUCCCCCCCCCCAACCCCAAGCGCUGGACAGAGGUGGUUUGGCACAUUUUCUGCUGCAACUCCUUUCUCCUGGAGGGUUCCACUGCAUGUUUGUGAGGGUCAAGAUGCAUUUCAAAGGAGGCAGAAUGAAGCACACUUGCCACUUUCCCACUACAAUUAGCCCCAUCACAAACCUGGUUUAACCUAGAAGCAGCGGCCAUUGAGGUUUAAAAGCAUGCAAUUGUGUGUAGUCUUUGGUUGGGCCUUCAUUCCCGCUGCUAAUCCCAAACUCUCAUCCUUGGCUCAUUCUACCGCCCCGCCCCACCUUCGCUGGACAGAUCCCCCACUCCACCCACUGUGCCCCGAUUAUUACUCCUCUGUGCCUCGUAAUUUCCUCCCUUGUCUGAUCCCAGUGCUGCUUGCUGCUUCCCUUGUGACGGACCUUCCCUGCUCAUGCAUACAGUCAGCCCUUCUUCCUUUCCCUUUUCAUCCCAAUCAUGGUACGAACCUUCAUUCCUGUAUCCUGAGGAGAACUGGAAUGGCUACCACUACAGUAUGAGGAUGUGGGGGAGGCAUGAAGAGCCAUUCCGAACCAUCUCUUCCACACAUGCUGUCCCUUUAGCCAGUCCCGUCUCCCCACCCUCUCCUCCUAGCCACUUCAGGUUCCCACAGGCCUGUCUGUCUGUCUUGCGUCUCUUUUGUCCCCUCGAUCCCUCUUAGUUCCUUUAGCCUCAAGUGUGGGAAGAUUUGUGUGUGUGUGUGUGCGUGUGUGUCUCUCUCGUGUGCUGGACAUAGGGACAGGGUGGUGGUUCUGUCCCCUUCCACUUGCUGCCACCUGCUGUAACUUAUUGUAACUUAUUAACGAAGCAGGUCAAACUUUUGUUGACUCCUUGACAAUUUAAUAAAGUUUGGAUGGGGGGGGUUAGGUCUUGGCAUGAGCAAAGAGGCCUGGGGCCUGUUUUGUGUCAGAGGCUUCCUUCAUUCUGAAGCUGGCUUUAUGGUUAACAAUCUGUCUGUAACUCUAGGGGGAUGUGAGGGGUCACCCCCCUCUGCUCCACAGCUGCUCAGUUGUCUCAAGAUAAUAAAUUCACUUAGUCUA